GUUAAACUCAAAGACUUUUAUUUUGAAAACUCAAAGUAAGUGACUAGGUUGCCGUUUGCUUAUGGUGUAAGAUUUUUAAUUGUAAACUUCUAACCGGCGAUUUAUUGUCAUCGGUAUUGCAGACUGAAUCCUCAAUGCAAGGUUUCAGUCUGAUUCCUGCGUUUAAAGGUCUCAGACACUUUGCCACAACUACGAUGAGGCGAGCAGUGUCUGAGUUCCAGAUGACUGUCCCAUGGGGAGAGGUCAGAGGUCAGGUUUGGGGUCCUGCUCAUGGUCGGCCGGUGCUCUGCUUGCAUGGUUGGGCAGACAACAGUGGAACUUUUAAUAGGCUGAUCCCACUUCUUCCAAAUGACUGGAGAUUUGUCGCCAUUGAUUUUGCGGGUCAUGGCCUGUCCUCCCAUAGGGCUGCUGGUUGUUUUUACCUCUUCACUUUGUAUGUGGCAGAUGUUCGGCGAGUUGUUGAAGCUCUUCAAUGGAAGCGAUUCUCAAUAAUUGGACAUAGUAUGGGUGGGAAUGUGGCAGGAAUGUUCAGUGCACUGUACCCAGAGAUGGUCGAAUCUUUAGUUAUCUUGGAUUCUUAUGGAUUCUUCCCAACCAAAAUGAAUUCCAUAAUGGAUUACAUGCAACAAGGGAUAGAUCAGAUAGUCCAAUAUGAAAAAGAGUCGGAUGAACGGACAGAGAAGGUGUACACGUAUGAGAAUGCCAAACAGAGGUUAAUGGCUGCAAACCGUUUCCUUACUGAAGAGUCUGCAGACAUCCUUUUAGAGCGAGCAGUUCGGGAAGUAGAGGGAGGAGUGGUAUUCAACAGAGACUUCAGAAUUAACCUGAGAAACAUAGCAAUGGUUACGCUGGAACAGAGCCUGUAUAUGCAGUCUAAAAUUCAAGCCAGAGUGAUGUUACUCAAGGCAAGCCAGGGGUUUGAUAAACAGUUCCCUUUUCAUUACGGAUAUGCAGAUACCCUUCAGAAGGGUUGGUUAGAGCAAAAAGCCACCAUUGUAGACAUAGAAGGAGACCAUCACGUUCAUCUCAACAACCCAGAGAUGGUAGCCCCCAUAAUCACUGAUUUUCUUCAGUCCCACAGUACUGACCAGGCAAAGAUUGACAGUGAAGGACAGACUGCCAAAUUAUAACCCAAAUGCAGCAUACACAUUGGCUAAUUCCUUUAUUCUUAUUACUAAUCACUAAACGCUUAAUUGUUUUGGAGAUUACAAUUUUAGGUUAUCUUUUAUGAAAUUUUUUAACAGUUUUGUGUUGUUGUGUUUUGUUGUUUACGCUGUUGGUGUUUGUUUGGAUAGUUUGAAGAUGAUAGUUACGUUUCCCAGUGUUCUUCAUCAAACAGACGACUUUAAAUGUCUGAAAUGUUGGUGCUUGUAAAUGUCUGAACCAGAACAAAUGUAAAAAAGUGCCUUUAAGUUUUUAUUAUUCUAUGUCUUUCAGUGAAUAUAAAAACAUAAUGAAAAUAUGAAAUAUGAAAAAAACAUAACACAAACAACUAAAACUUGUUUCUGUUGUCUGUAAAAUAUAUUCAGUUAAUUUUGUGUGGAAUUAUGAGGUUAAAGGGCCAAUAUAAAUCUCAGGUGUGCCUGGAAUGUGUCUGUGAAGUUUCAGCUCAAAAUACCCCAAUAAUUGUUAAAGCAUGUCCAAAAUGUCCCUAUUUGACCUUUAAAUGCAAAUGAGCAACUGCUUUCUGUUAAAAAAAGAUCUGAUUCCUGUUAAUACAGUCUAAGACAAAAGUAUAUUUAGCCACAUUAGUGCUACAACAUAACAAACACAUUUACAAAAGCUUUUGAGUAAAGUUAACAGGUCAAUCAGUGACUGUGGGUGGGGCU